AAAUAGAUCCCUCACUUAACUGAGCACUCUGUUACGCUCAGAUAAAUCGUGUUCUCAACCAAUCUCUGGGCUCUUAUUAUUUAUCCGCCACCAUCGCUGCCGCCAAAUCCACCGCUUACUCCGAUAUCUCUCUUCGCCGCACUCUUCUCUACGUUACCAUUUUCCGGAUUUGCUGCUGAGUUGUAGAAUCAGAUGCAGCAAACUUCUCAAGACUUGAAGCCUCUCUUGAUUUGCUACAUCAGUUUCAAAUUUCAACGGAAUUUCUUAAUUUCUGCUACAAAAAUGGAGAAUAAUCAUUGAUGGAAGAGAAGUUGAAAGCUGGGACCACUCUCAUCGUUGAUCGUUAUUCCUACUCUGGUGUGGCUUUCUCAUCAGCCAAAGGCCUCAGUUUUGAUUGGUGUAAGGUACCCGAGAUGGGAUUGCUGGCUCCGGACAUGGUCUUGUACCUUGAUAUAUCACCAGAGAAAGCUGCAGAAAGAGGUGGCUAUGGUGAUGAAAGAUACGAGUGUGUUGAUUUUCAGGGGAAGGUCAGAGAAAAUUAUCGAGCUCUUCAUGAUGCCUCAUGGAAGAUUGUUGAUGCCUGCUUGCCCAUGGACGAAAUCCAGAAGCAGCUCAGAGAAUAUGUGCUCGAGUGUGUCGCGGCAUGCCAAAAUGGAAAGGAUCUCUCUCACCUCUGGUAACCAGAGUCUGGUUACAUUAGGCAUGAUUCCCUGCUUGAUUAUGUUGAAGCGCUAUGCUAUACUAUGAUGCUACUCGUAUCUGCUUGCUUAGGAAACAUGGGAUACCGUCUAAACUGAAGUAUUCGAGACCUGCCAUCGAAGACAGUAGCCAAGAAACAAUAAGUACAUCUCAGGAGAUCUGUUUCCAAUCUUAAUUGCAUCUGAACAAAUAAAAUACUUUGGAAAAUGUAUUUUUUUUCUCAA